GCCUCCACAUCAUGUGUCACAUCCCAGUCUUCUGCUGGAUCUCUGCUACAGUUCUGGAGGUUCUGUUGAAGACCAGAGAGGGAAGAGAGAUGCCCAAGACCCUGACUGAGAUGUACAUCCACUUCCUGGUGGUCCAGUCCAAAGUGAAGAACAUCAAGUAUGAUGGAGGAGCUGAGACAGAUCCACACUGGAGUCCAGAGAGCAGGAAGAUGAUUGAGUCUCUGGGAAAACUGGCUUUUGAGCAGCUGCAGAAAGGAAACCUGAUCUUCUAUGAAUCAGACCUGACAGAGUGUGGCAUCGAUAUCAGAGCAGCCUCAGUGUACUCAGGAGUGUUCACACAGAUCUUUAAAGAGGAGAGAGGACUGUACCAGGACCAGGUGUUCUGCUUCGUCCAUCUGAGUGUUCAGGAGUUUCUGGCUGCUCUUCAUGUCCAUCUGACCUUCACCAACUCUGGAGUCAAUGUGCUGUCAGAAGAACAACAGAAAUCUGCAGAGACACACUUCUACCAGAGUGCUGUGGACAAGGCCUUAGAGAGUCCAAAUGGACACCUGGACUUGUUCCUCCACUUCCUCCUGGGACUUUCA